GGGACGGUUGCAGACCCGGAGGCCCCCCCCCCCCUUAAAUAAGUCACAUUCCUGGUUCAGACAAUAAAUGCUGCUGCUCAAGAGAGGCUGUAAAGGGGAAGGUGAGAACAUGAAAACCUGGCAGCGGAUGUUUGAUCAGAAGAUGGAAUGGGAGAAGCCAAAUAACACCUGGUCUCUCACCGUGGAGGAUAACCUCAGUCCUCGAAACCCAGAACGCCGAUGGCACCUAUACCAGCAGAGAAAAGCAUUUGCCAGGUUUCAGUGCUCAUGCUGCACCCGUCACUGGCCAUCGGCUCAAGUGCUCAUUCUCUUCCACAUGCACCUGGACCGGAGCCAGCGCCAGGGGCAGGUAAAGAUGAGGGUCUGUGGGCAGAAGUGUAAGAAGUGUCAUGGAGCGAAGUUUGAGACGCCCACGUUCAGCCAGGAGAACAUUGAGAGGAUCCUGGACAAGUUGGUGCUGAAGAUCCGUGAGAAAUGCUACCGAGAGUCCAUCGCAAACCGUGAUUUAGCUGACCCCAUAGUCGAAGAAGAUGUGGAAGGGCCACAUGACACGACCCGUUGUGAGGCGUGUGCUCUGGGGAUCUGUUAUCUGAAAGGCAAAGGCCUGCAGAUCCAGCCCUACUCAUCUACCUACGGAUUCGUUAGCCCCACUUCUCCGGCUGCAGCUUCUCAGCCUGGCCAGCAGGCUUGGCGGGGAGCAGACACAGAGAGCGACUGGAAGCUCUUGUGUUUUGUGGUGGUUUUGCUCAUCUUUGCUGUGCUUUUUAGUGGGAAGUAGGAAAUUCAGCGCUCAGAAUGGUUCCCUAAUAUUAUCCACACGGGUUGCUAAUGCACCUUCCCUUUUUCAUGGAGAAAAAAAAAUCUGGCCCGCGCCGUUUGCCUGGGAAAUCAUCAUAUGCUUAAUAUUACCAUGAAAGGCUUUAGAGAGACUGAUCAUGCCCAUUCGUAAUGCACCAGGGUAAUAAACAGGGGCUGUAAAAAACAGGCCUCCUCAAAAGCAAGAGG